AUGAUGCUGAGAGCUCACCGUCUAGCACAGGGCUACUCGGGCGUCAGUAAGGAGGCCGUCGAGGCACUGGUCAACUUUCUAAACUCGGGAAUCGUACCCCGUGUUCGUCAGUAUGGAUCGAUUGGAGUCAAUGGUGAUCUCAUUGCAUUGGUCAUGAUUGUGGCUGGAAUAUUCGCCGCCGAUAUUGAUGUUGUGUACAAUGGGGAAACGAUGAAAGUUGCACUAGCCACCGAACUUGCAGAGGUCCGUCCGUCGAAGCCUCGGCUACGUGAGGGGCUGGCGAUGAUGAGCUACGUGAUUCUGUAA